AGAAGAACAGAAAACAUCCCUUAAAAGAAAGGAAACAAACAAAUCAUAUUGUUUCAAACCCAUUUUCUGUUUGUAGUUCUCAUCUCAGUUUAGCAACAAACUAACAAACUGCAAAUUGAUCAGUUCCUUCACCCCUCAUUAAUGUUCCCACUAUAUCAAUAAACAAAUCCAUGACUUGUACUCUUUUCAUGUUCUUAGUCUUUUGCAAAAAGGUCCUGAUUUUUGCAAAUGAAUAAUCACUCCUCUGUUGUUCACGGUUUCUAUUGUCAGUCACUUCACUAUCAGAAUCAUCUAUUGUACUCUGUUCACUCUCAUCACAUUUAUCAUUGCUGAUUCUAGCUCUUUCCAUGUUUAACUGUGGCCUUUCCUUUUAAUAGAAGGAGUUCCUCUUCAUUCUCUACUUCACUGCCUAUUCUUUCUCCUUCUAGAACAGUCUCUACAGCCUCAACCACAUUACUGGAAUUAGCACAUAUAUCUUCUCCUCCCCUCUCUUCUAUCUCUUCUAUCUCUGUAUCCUUCAGCUGUUCAACCCCCUGGUCUGUUGAUUCUUCACCAUUUCUCACAUUAUCUUGUAGCUGCUUCCCCACAGUUACACCACCACCAUCCACAACGGUCACAUCAUCAGUCCUCUCUAGACAGACACUUCUCACAUGCCCCUCCUGUCCACAUUCAAAACACCUCAUUGUUUCAGAUGAUGCAAAGACAAUAUAGUCAUAUCCAUCCAUCUUAAAUCAUCCAUCCACUGAAUUAUGUGAUCUAAUGAUAAAUGGCCUCUACCAGCGCUGUCUCUGUGUGUCAUCACAUAUUUUAUCAAAAUGUAUAAUCUGGACUUGUGCACAUGUAAGCAGCACUCUAAUUCGUCUGUUCAUACACGUGUGUGUUUUCCCAGGACUUGCUCUGACAUAUAUUCUGGAGAACAGCUUCAAAGCUGAAUCUGGAUCCAGACCUGAUGUUCCUAAGAUUGGGAUUCUGAUCACAGAUGGGAAAUCACAGGACGAUGUUGUUUCUCCUGCUCAGAGACUCAGAGACACUGGGAUCGAGCUGUUUGCUAUCGGAGUGAAGAACGCUGAUGAGAACGAGCUGAGAGCCAUCGCCUCCACUCCAGAGGAAACACACGUGUAUAACGCGGCUGAUUUCAGCGUGAUGAGCUCCAUCGUGGAGGGACUGACCAGGAGCGUCUGCGAGCGUGUCUCUGAACUCAGCAGAGAGAUGAAUAUGCCAUCUACUGUUUAUAAUUAUUUAGACACAGACACCAAUACUGAGCCAUAAACAUUUUUUAAAACAUAUGAAAUAAGCAACUGUUUUUAAAUUCAGCAAUUUAAUAGGAAAACAGAAAUACAGCAAACUACAGAAAAACAUGGAUUAGUCUAGAUAAAAGAGAGUGAACAAUAUAAAAAAGAGAGUGAACAAUAUAAAAAAAGAGAGUGAACAAUAUAAAAAAGAGAGUGAACAAUAUAAAAAAGAGAGUGAACAGUAUAAAAAAGAGAGUGAACAGUAUAAAAAAAGAGAGUGAACAAUAUAAAAA